AUGAAAGAGAAACUGAGAGGAGCUCGCUCACUGUAUGAGCUUGCCUCUGCCAAAUGUAUAAGAUCCAUCAAGUUGAUCAAAGAUGUUGGGGAAGUGCCUGUUCAUGUAGUAGAGCCAAUCCUGGCCAAAAUGGGUGCACAUCAACUGGAAGCUAUUGAAAAAAUGUGUCCCCAUUUGGCGCUUAGUACAGACAAGAUAUGGCAGAACCUGAUAGAAAAAGAUUUCUCCAACAGACCUCUGAAUGAUGGGAGGCUGAGACGAACAAAGCCAAAAGAUCUUUACAUGAAAUAUAGACAGGAAAUGGAGGACUUGAGGAAGGAUGCAACAGAGCGAUUGAAGAAAACAACACAGAGAUUAAAUAGAAAGAAACAAGAGUCAAGAAUUGUCCAGAUAGAUCAGUUGAUUGAUCCAUCGGCGAGGAGGAAACGACCAGAGCAAUUCCAGGCACACAAGACGCCAAUAAUGCAAAAAGCUAGACAGGAAGCUCUAUUGAAAAGCAAAAUGUUCAAGGAAGGCAUUCGUUUCAACCAAGCACCAAAGACAGAAAAAAUGAGGGUCCCCGGAGGAUUCAAGAUGGCUCUGCAGAAAGGUGAGAAAUAUGAACCUAUCACCAGAGGAGUGAAAGGUACGGUGUCUAUAGCAGUAAAAGAUGGCAAAUCGUUGAAAGGUAAUGCAAAGUCAUCCGAAGAAAUUACGCAGUCUUCGAAGAGGACCACGCCACUUCAAUCAAAGACGCCUUCGAAGAGACAUCACAGCUCAAGAUCUCCCAAGAACAACGUAUUCAUAUACAAUUCAUGA